AUGUACGAUAAUUUACCUCUGGAUCCAGUUAUAGACCUACCAACGAUUGACGAGUUGAAGCAAGCGGUAAACAAGUUGAAAAGUAAUAGGGCCCCAGGAAGAAGUGGAAUAACGAUUGAAUUAAAGCCAUUCAGCGAUGAAAUCCUUGGCGAAAACCAGUGUGGAUUUAGAAAAAACCGCUCAACUGUAGAUCAAAUAUUCUUAUUAAAACAAACAAUGGAGAAUAACACUUCUCAAUACAAUAUGGAUCUACAUAUACUUUGUAUAGAUUUUCAACGAGCCUUUGACUCUGUAAAACGAAGCAAGAUACAAGAAGCGUUAGUUGGAAGGGGUAUUCCUCACAAGUUAAUACAAAUGAAGUUGCUAACAAUGCAGGACUCGAAAACUGCCAAAUUGAUUCAGGGACAGACGUCUAAGAAAUUUCCAGUCAAAGUUGGAGCCAGGCAGGGUGAUGCUUUAUUAACCUUCAUAUUUAUUGUGGUUCUGCAGCACGUUAUUGGACCACUCGAAACUGGGGGUUACAUAUUCAACGUACCAUAUCAGAUAAUGGCAUACGCAGAUGACGUGUGGUUGAAACAUUCGUUGAGUUGGCUGAAAGAGCACUUGGAGUUGGCCUCUUAG